AUGGGGCUGUUAUCCUCUACCCUUGAUAACGAGGUGUUGAGCGCUGACGAGAUCACUCCUCAGUCCCCAGCAAGCAUUGUUGUCAAGUUGUUGUGGGAGAGAAUGUUUGGUGGGGUCACGGAUGCUUCAGACCCACGCCUGCUUACUCUCACCGGCCUUUUAGCCUAUAAUACUCGGGAGCAGGUGGCCUUUCGCUCUCGAACUCGGGAGGAGCUGGGGGAUACGAUUAGGGAGAUGCUUCUCAUGGUAAUCUGUCUUUAUUUUGUUUUUCGUUCUGUGUCGUUUUUGCCUUCAUUGCUUUAUAAUUCUAUUAUUGUCUCUUCCUUUCUCCAAGUGACGGGCGUCUUCAUGGAGAUCGAUGCCCGUGACUGGACCCUUCGAAGCAUCGUGGAUCGCCAAAUUGAGGAGGCCCGUCUCGAGGAAAACCUUGUGGCCUCAGGGGAUAAUCCGGAGGUGAAAUUGGUUGGCCAGAACCAGUCCGUCGGCCUGGAAAACAACGCUGUCUCAGAGGUAAUGUACAGAAUAAAUGUGGGCGGGGCUUUUAUUCCACCCCUUAAUGACUCUGCCCUGUUUCGAAGCUGGCUCAGCGAUGAGGACUGCUUGACAAUCUCAGAACCAAGUGCUCUCCUUUUUAACAGCGCCAUUCAACUCAGAUAUACCAUCUUUACUCGUUUUGCUGCACCAGACCUAGUCUAUAAAACUGGAAGAUCCAUGGGGAUGGACAGGGAAACAAACGAGAACGACAAUAUCACUUGGGAAUUUCAGGUUGAUUCCGAGUCCACGUAUUUUAUCAGGCUUCACUUUUGUGACUUUCAGCCGCCAAUAACUCAGAAGGGCGACAGAGUUUUUCAGAUAUACAUUGCAAACCAACUUGCUGAGUCUGAAUUAGCAGAUAUAAUUGAUUGGAGCGGUGGAAAUGGAUUUCCUACUUUUAAAGAUUAUGCGGUGACCAUGGGAGAGAGUGGAAGCAAAAAGUUAGAAAAUCUAUCUAUUGCCCUGCAUCCUGCAGUUAAUUAUACCUCAUACUCUGAUGCAAUCCUGAAUGGCAUUGAAAUUUUUAAAUGGCUAAAUUCAGAAAUUCAGACAACGUCCAUCCCAACAUCAGCAAAGCCACUGAACAAUAGGACAACAGUAGUUGCCGUUGUAGUUGGUGUUGUAUUGGACUUUGUUAUUGUAAUCCCUCUUCUAUUCUUCUUGAUUGUUCUAAGAAGAGUAAAAGACAAGGAUUCUGAAGGAGACCACCAAGAUCCGCCGCUCAUAUUUACCCUCAAAUGUGUUGGAGGGUUUGGCAAUGUGUACAGAGGAACCAUUAAUGAUGAUCCCAUUAUUGUUGCGAUGAUACGGUUGAGCCGAGGUUCGGAACAAGGAGAAAACGAAUUCAACACAGAGAUAGAGAUGAUACGGUUGAGCCGAGGUUCGGAACAAGGAGAAAACGAAUUCAACACAGAGAUAGAGAUGCUUUCUCAGCUUCGACACCUUCACUUGGUCUCUCUAAUGGGUUAUUGCAAUGAAGAUCACGAAAUGAUGAUAGUGUAUGAUUAUAUGAGCAAUGGCACCCUUCGUGACCAUCUCUACAACACCAGUAAUUCUCCUCUACCAUGGAAACAAAGGCUAGAGAUAUGCCUUGAGAAUAUAUUACAAAUAUAUUACAAAUCUUAUUAA